AUGGCCACCCAAAAUCAAGACCGCCUCCGUUCACACUUCUCUUCAGUUCCCGACGCAGAGCACAACAACCGCUGGGACGACCUGUGGAGAGAAUCUACAUUCCUGCCCUGGGACCGCGGCCACGCAAACCCUGCGUUAAUCGAUCUGCUCCAAGAACGUGGUCGCCCACUCUCAUCUCCAGAUCCCAAUCCCUCCCUCGGUGCUCCACCACCAAACAGCGAGUCCGCAGGCUACGCGUCUCUCGCCGGACCAUUGAAGGACGAUGGGAAGAGGAGGAGGGUACUUGUGCCAGGGUGUGGGAAAGGCUACGACGUAGCACUAUUUGCGGCGCAUGGCUAUGACGCUUAUGGGCUGGAGGUGUCCUCGCAUGCUGCCGACGCUGCUAGGAAGUACUUAGAGGAACCUGGGAAGGGGCCAUUGGAGGGAGAGUAUGUGGUCAGGGACGAGAAGGUUGGAAAGGGGGCGAUGAAGGUUGUGUGUGGAGAUUACUUCGAAGACGGCUGGUUAGGGGAUGUGGAGGGCUGGGAGGGCGAUGAGGGGUUUGAUAUCAUCUACGAUAACACGUUCCUUUGCGCACUCCCUCCAUCUCUAAGACCGAAGUGGGCAUCUCGUACCACUACGCUCCUCCGCCGUCCCUCACCAGACACCACUUCCACUGGUGGUGUGCUUAUCUGUCUCGAAUUUCCUACACACAAGCCUGCAUCCUCCGGCGGACCUCCACACUCGCUCCCUCCUCUCGUACACAACGAGCUGCUCAAACGACCGGGUCGGGAUAUCUUGUAUGACGACCAAGGUGUCGUGACCAAAACGGAUCGAGAGGAGACAGACAACGCGCUGGUCAAGAUCGCGCACUACACACCCAAGCGGACCCACGAGAUUGGUGUCAUCAAGGGCCUCGUGAGAGACUGCGUGAGUAUGUGGCGGCACAAGGCGGAUUGUCCGGAGGAUCAGAGAUGGCACUGA